AUGGUCACUAUAGACUAUAGCUCAUUGACAGCUCCAGGUGCAAUUGUUACUGUUGUCAGAGGUAUGGCAUCGGGAGACAAUUCCUUAAGCACCCCUACAUUGGAUGACGUCGACGAUUGUGUUACAGUAAGAGUAGUCGAUCGGCAUAACAUUUAUGGAAGCUCAGGUGGUACCGAGCAAAGUGUGAGUAGCCCCAAAAAUGUUGAGAAUGAUAAUCAACUAGAGAGGAAGAAGAGAGCGAAGACAUCAGCUGUGUGGUCAGAAUUUACAGAGGUGGUUCUCCCUAGUGGUAUAGGGAAGGGAGAGUGUAUUCAUUGUAAAACAAAGUUGAAAAUCACUACCAGUGGAAGCACAACACAAUUCAACAGACAUUUGAAAAGGUGUGCGAAGAGAACAGCUCACUUAAGGCAACAACAAAUAAAUUUCCCCCCUUCCAAUUCUCAGGGUGGCUCUAAUGUCUUGCCUGCUCUACGGGGCCAAUUCAGUAUGCUGAAGAUGAGGGAGUUUAUUGCACAUUGGGUGCUGAUACAUGAGCAUCCAUUUUCUAUUGUGGAGGAAGAGGGGUUGAACAACAUGAUGAAGUACUGGAUUCCUGAAUGGACUCCGAUAUCCCGUAAUACUUGUAAGAAUGAUUGUAUGAAAGUGUUUGAAAGUGAGAGACAGAAGUUGUUGACCUUAUUGAAGGGUGUUAGGAAGAUAAGUCUGACCACAGAUCUAUGGCAUUCAGGCAACCAGAGGAUGGAAUACAUGGUUUUGACUAGGCAUUGGAUUGAUGAUCAUUGGAAGUUUAAUAGACGGGUGUUGAACUUUAUUCAUUUCCCUCCUCCCCGUUCUGGUGUUGCCAUUGCUGAUGCAAUUUUCAAGUGUUUGAUGGAUUGGGGAAUUGAAGCUAAGGUCCAUACGAUAUCGGUGGAUAAUGCUUCAAGCAAUGAUGUUGCAUUAAAAGUGUUGAAAGAUAAUUUCCAAGCUAUGGGGAAGCUCAUAUGUGGGGGCAAGAUGUUUCAUGUGAGGUGUUGUGCACAUAUCUUGAACCUGGUUGUUCAAGAUGGUCUUUAUAAGAUUAGAAACAUUAUUGAGGACAUAUGUGAUACUGUGUCGUAUAUCAAUUCAUCAGAGAGUAGACUAAAGGUGUUUGAAGAGAUUGUUCAACAGCGACGAUUGCCAUUUCGCAAACUUAUUCUUGAUUGCAAAACGCGAUGGAAUUCAACAUAUGAUAUGUUGACAACGGCAAUGCAAUUUAGGCGUGUUUUCCCUUGUUUGAAGGAGAGGGAUUUGAGUUAUCAAUAUUGUCCCAAGAAGGAGGAUUGGGACAAAGUUGAGAAAAUUUGUCCUAUUUUGAAGGUGUUUAGUGCUGCGUCGAAUAUGAUAUCAGGGAGUGAUUAUCUGACAUCAAACUUGUUUCUAAAACAAGUUUGUACAAUAAAAAUUAUCUUGGAUAGUAAGAGUCGGGAUGGAGAUCAGUUUAUACAGACCAUGAUUUGGAAAAUGAAAGAAAAGUUUGACAAAUAUUGGGGAGAAUGUAAUCUAUUGAUGGGUGUGGCUGCUAUUUUGGACCCCAGAUUGAAGAUGAGGGUAAUUGAAUGGGCGUUCCCUAAGAUGUAUCCUCAGGCUGAAUCGCAGGCAAAUGUGGAUGUUGUUCGAGAUGCCUUGUAUGAGGUAUAUAGGGAGUAUGUUGAUGCCAGUAAAGCAUCGACAGCUGCCCGCGCUUCUACAUCUACAGGGGGUGCAAUUCAGGAGGUUGGUGAGGGGUCAGGGGCAGCGGCAGAGAUGGCGGAUAAUUGGGAUGAUUUUAGUGAGUAUUUGGAGGUGGUUGAGACAAUUGAGCCAACGAAAUCAGAGUUAGACUGUUACCUGGGACAGGGAUGCCAUAAAUGUGUUGGGGAUGCUACGACAUUUGAUGCUUUGACCUGGUGGAAGGCUAACUCAACAAAGUUAUCUAUCUUGUCUACCAUGGCUCGUGACAUAUUAGCCAUUCCUAUUACUACGGUUGCUUCUGAGUCUGCUUUCAGCACCGGCAGUAGGGUUAUUGACACGUACCAAUCGUCGUUGGCUCCCAACAUGGUGGAGAUGCUCUUAUGUGGAUGUGACUGGAGCAGGACAUUGAAUGGGGUGAAAAAAGGAUACUAUGCACAGGAGCAGGAGAUGGAAAUUGAAACGUUAAUGGAAGCAAUACUUAUGGAUGACUUCAAAGGUGUGUGA